AUGGCCCACCUUAAGAUUCUGGUAGUACCGGACCCGGGGCGGAAGAAAACCCAGUUGCAACUGCAACAAAAAACAUAUACCGAUUGGGUGUUAACCUCUCUGCCUAACCAGGAGGCCGAAUAUCUGUUGAAGCAUGUGGACCUUGAUGGCUUGAUCUUUGCGGCUACACCCCAGCAGUCACAUGGCAAAGAGGUUCCUGCAGGACACCAGAUGGUGUAUAUCAAUGAAGUGCUAUUGAUGUGGCACACAAUUGAUAUGUCGCCUAAAAACUCCAUGCAGGCAUGCUACAUGGAUUUUCAAACAUUCACUGAAAUCAUUCACAUGCGCCUGGAUAAGCUUCAGAUUGCCAUGCAAAGUUUUGCUGCUGUAUGGGGAGGUCUGGAUUUGACCAAAAAUUACAGGGAGGCCCCAGUUUUGUUCCGCCCUUCCAGUUCUUCAAUGGAUCAAACAAAUUCAACUUUACAUUGCACAUUUGAGAAAUACAUAUGGGCAUUGCGCAGGUUGGAAGGUGUGCUUCCAUUGUGGCCAGGCACCUUGGAGUGCCGUGUUGCAUCCCAUGAUCACAAUGCUAUUAUGCUAUUGGAUUCCAUCGCCCAGGACAUCACCAAAUCUUAUCGUCCCUCAACACAAUUAAUCAUUCCAGGAACAAGGCCCAAUCCCAGUGAUCCCAAACACAUGGUUGUUAAACGCGAAGCCAGCGCCUCAAGACAAUCCAUCAAAUACCCUUGGAAUCAAAAGAUGUUUGAUGAGGCAGAGAAACUUGGAGAAUAUCGAUUAUUCAUGCAACCGUAUGUCCCGGAGUGGGACAAGGUCAUUUUCUGUAUCUUCAAUCACCCUGGAUCUUCCACGCUGGCCAAUCGCAAUGCCCCUGUCUUGGCCCACAAUCUACGGGAGGAUGGAUGGAGUUUAGAGGAAUUGUGCCUGCUCAGAAAAAACAAUCCGUAUCAAUGCAAUUACAUGAUUCGUGAGGGCGGAACACGAGCAGAAAUUUCCAAGGCUCAGAUAGAAAUGCAGGAGUUUUUGGUGACCACGCUUGCGGCGUUCAUCCAAGGAGAAGAACAGAUGUUGGGUCAUCAGGGCCUUGAGAACAGAUUGCGGCAAUCAUCCUUGAGGGUUUCGGCACGGGUGGAUCUCUCGGUCAUCACUGAUCCUGAAAGCCAGAAACUCCAUUAUUUCGUAAGCGGUAUCGCGCGAGGCCCAGGCAUGAUGUUGUAUGGCUCAGUCGAUCCCCACACCAUCCGGAGAUAUGCACUAGAGUUUGCACAUCCUUUUGAACACUGGAUUGGUCUACGUGAUUCGCGGCCGUCAUCAAGAUGA